UUCAACACUUAACGGAUUUUAGUGUAUAAAAUGAUCAAAGUGAAUUCCUAAAAUAAUUAAAAAUGUCUUAUUCCUCGUCUUAUUCCUCUGUUCAAGUUGCAACAGACUGUGUUGAAAACAAAUAUAGUGUCAUUCUUCCGACUUAUAACGAACGUAAUAAUUUACCAAUUAUCGUAUGGCUAUUAGCUGAAACUUUUAAAGAAAAUGAAUUAGAUUGGGAAAUUAUAAUUGUAGAUGAUGCUUCUCCGGAUGGAACGCAAGAUAUUGCAAAUCAACUUGUAAACAUCUAUGGCCAAAAUUAUAUUAUACUGAAGCCAAGAGCCGGAAAGCUCGGCCUGGGAACAGCAUAUGUUCAUGGACUCCAGUUCGUGACAGGUAAUUUCGUUAUCAUUAUGGACGCGGAUUUUUCACAUCACCCAAAAUUUAUUCCAGAAUUUAUUAGGCUACAAAGAAGUCAAAAUUUCGAUAUCGUAACUGGGACACGUUAUGCUGGAAAUGGAGGUGUGUACGGAUGGGACCUUAAACGUAAGAUAAUAAGUCGCGGUGCUAACUUUCUUGCAUCGACACUCCUUCGACCAAACGUAUCUGAUCUCACAGGAAGUUUUAGACUGUAUAAGAAAGAAGUCCUUGAAAGAAUCAUUUCUUUGGUAAUCUCCAAAGGGUAUGUUUUCCAAAUGGAAAUGAUGGUUCGUGCGAGACAAUUUGGUUACACUAUUGGAGAAGUGCCCAUAACUUUUGUAGAUCGUGUUUAUGGAGAAAGUAAAAUGGGGGCCAAUGAAAUUGUACAAUAUGCAAAAGGUGUUUGGAAAUUGUUUAUUACCGUUUAAUUUAAUUUAAUUAUUUUUUUAUUAUAAUAUGUUACUGUUAUAUUAAUGUAUAAUCGAGAAGAUUUAUAAUUUUAUUAUAUUUAAAAGUAUUUUUUUUUUUUUUU